AUGUCGUCCACUUGGUCGAAUACCAUUCCGCUGGAUAAGGUUGCCCCGUUCAUCUACUAUGCAAUGACCAGCAAGCCAUUGUACCCCAAACAGGAAUCGGUGGAAGAUGAGGAGGAGGAAGAGGAGGAGAAGGUGGUUGAGGUUGGAGAGGAAGACGUUGAGAAACCAUCCGGAGACACUGGUGAGACGUCGAAAGUCGGAGAGACAAAGAAGACCUGGGCUGAUCUUCCGAUUGACUUCAAGAAGCAAAUGACAUUGACCUUGGAUGAUAAAUCGAAAACUGACUUCCAACUGUCUUGCAAGGACAAUAAGGCUGUUGUGGAUGGUAACCCAGUCCACCUCACUCGCGUCAAAAUCAUGACCCAACCGAAACGUUGGUUCCGUCACACUAAGUUUGUGUGCGAAAAGACUCAAAAAGCCAACAAGUACCAACCAUCAACCGAGUCUGCUUCCGUCAAGCUUCACCGCAACGAUGCAGCUGAAAUGCUCAUGCGCUGCUUCAAAAACAGCAACUCUCAGGUCAAUCAUCUUUGGAUCCAAGGCAACGACAAAGCCUAUCAAGGAAUGCCAAAGUACUUGGCGAGAAUCAUGGGACGUGUUGAGGAUAGACAGAAAGAAGGCUACACUGCUCUCUGGAAAGUCAAGUGGUUGAGCUGGAUCGAUGUCGCUGUGGAGAACGACAUGUUCGCGGAGUUUAUGGCUCACUUGGAUCCAAAAUACUUGAAGACGUUGUACAUCAACAACAGUCAUGUCGAUAUGGAUGAACUGAAAUACGUGAUGAGAAUGGAGCAAUGGCGUGGGCUCAAGGAGCUCAAAAUCACCUUCCCCGUGACUUUCGACCUUCAGUACUUCUAUCAGUUCUCCAAGAUAGAGAUUAUGGUCUCAAAGUUGCUCCCAUUGGAGUUCGCAGACUUCAUGAAGAACUUCAUGGCUACCCAUGCAACCAACAUGGCCUACUUCGUCAUCCUCAGCGAUCAGAACAUCAUUCCAGGAUUCAAAGAGUACGUCUGCCAACAGUUCGAGCCAUAUCCAUUUGAUGAUGGCAAAGUUGAAGACACCGAUCAGAUGAACCAAAACCCAUGCCGGCGAUUCAAGCUUCCAGGAAGCAAGGAUCAUGUCCUGAUGGUCAACUUUGGACAUAAGGCGGUGAUUGGAAAUGUUUCCAGAGAGAAUCUGGUUGCCAAUGCGAUGGCUCUCUUCAUGACAAAGCUGAACAUCAAAGCCACCAAAACUUGGGAUGUCUAA